AUGAACGGCGACCCGAGGAGUGUCCAGGCCCCCUGCCACUGUGGGUGACUCCUGCCUUCUGUGGCUCACACUCCCUCUGUCACUCAGGUCACGCCAGCCAAGAAGGUGACCUUCCUCAAGCAAGGGGACCCCCAGUUUGCUGGGGUGCACCUGGCUGUCCACCGGUGGGCCUUUAGCUCCCUCGUGGAUGAGCUCUCCCAGCGCGUGCCUCUGAUCUUCGGGGUGCUCACCACACCCUCGGGCCUGCACUACCUCAGUGCACUGGAACAGCUGCAGGGCGGUGGCUGCUACCUCUGCUCUGACAGGAGGACCCCCAAGACUCAGGGCCCAGGGAUGCCACAGGCAAGAAGCCCCUCUGCUGUGCACACUGGGAGAGGGGAAGGCAGGCCGGAGCUGCCCAGAGCACCCUCUUCCUGGAGGGGUCCUGCACCCCUGAGGAGGAUAACACUAGUUAAGAACGAGGCCGCCAGGUGCCAGCAGACACUGCUGCUCAGCCACAGAGACACCAGCAGCCUGACAGCCUUCCUCAGCCGAGCCUCGGACCUUCUGUGCUUUCCCGUGAAGCAGGUGUACACUGUUGGUGGAAGGAAGGUGGACCCUCUGCAGGCACUGCUGCGCAGCUCCUGCGUGCUGGUGUGCGCUGGGAGCGAGGCCUUCAGACCCCUGGCAGUGGAGAGAGCCCAGAAAAGCGGGACUGAAGCUUUAUCUGCCCUGACUUCAAGCACCAAGCACGGUUCCUGGGGGCCCAAGGCCAGGCUGAGCGUGAUCCACUCCAGGUCCAGGUUGGGGAGCAGGCCACCGCAGUCCUUGCCGUCUGCCUGGCCUGGGCUCAGCAAGCGCACUGCAUCCCUGCCUGGUGCCUGGCUGGGGCCUCCACCUCCCGGCCCCUUGCUGACCGCUGACGACGUGGAGAAGAAGGUCUGCGUGAACAGGGACGGCAGCCUGUCUGCGGAGAUGAGAGUCCGCCUCCGCCUCCUGGGCGAGGACACUGCGCUCUGGUUCCAGAGGGUGGGGGGUGAGAGGCCGGCGCAUUGGACGAGGUCAGGCUGGGCCCAGGGCAGGAAGAGACCUGGCAAGGAUUGCCACAGCCUGGCCUCCAGUGCCGAGCGCUUCAAGGGCUCUGAUCCAGACUCCUAGCCCAAGACCCCAGAGGGCAGUGACAGCUCAUGUCGCGCCUCUGAGGCUGCUUCCCUGAGCAGGGCCAAGCAGGAAGCUGGGAAGGCCCAGUAUCCAGAGGGAGUGCAGAGGCCCGGCCGUCAGGGACCCAGGGCCCGAGGUGUGGCAGGGGUCCUUUCUGACUCUUCGGCCAGGACCAAGUCUCGUGAGCAGUCUGCAGAGUGGGGAGGCCAGCCGUGGGGCUGCCUGGGGCCUCCCAGGAGGAGGACACCUAUGAUUCCCCUGGAGCCCCAGCAGCACCGAGCCCUCCCAGCAGAGGAAACCCCUGCCCAAGGAGCCCAGUGCCACGACCUCCUGAAUCACCCAGCACGAGCAGACCAGCCUUGGGGAGCCCGAGCCCACCCUACCCCGGCUCCCCUGACCCAUGGGGCCCUGAAGCAGCCAGCGGGUCUGCCAUCACCCCUGGCUGAUGAUGAAGGCCCAGGAGCCAGUGAGCCAGGGAAAGAAAUACUCAAGCUGGGGCCUAAACCAGGGGGCCUGGGAAGGGCAGUCAGGGGAGCCGGAAGGAACCCCAGCCCCAGUGCUGGGGAAGACAGCAGCAUGGGGCCCAGCACUCUGCCCCACACCUCUCCGGAUGCGGUGGUCCAAGAAUGGUUUGACGACAUCCCAGAGGAGCCGGUGCUGCUGAGAUACGCGAUGGUGGACCCAUCCAUGCCCGCGGCCCAUGACAGCCUGGGAGGCGCCAAGCAGGACACCGGUCCCAGAUAGCAGCUCCCAGAAGGGGACCCUGGUGAGCACCCAGAGCUGGACCAAGCCCUCCCAGGAUCCGCUGACGUGGACCCCGAGUCGGGAGAUGGUCCCCAUCAAGGCACAGGUCUGGGUGAAGGGCCUGAGACUGCAGCAGAGGCCGGAGCAGGAGCGACACUGUGUGUUCUUCCCAGAAGGCUCUCGGUCUCCACACAGAUCAUGAAGACGCUCAUGGGCUCCAAGCAGGGCCGGCCCAGGAACCUGCCCAGAGUGUCGGGCCCAGUGGCCCAGCGGCUCAGCAGGUCGACUGAGGCACUCAUCACCUGCCUUGCCCGGCUGUGCUUCUUCGAGGGUAAUCUCAGCUCUGCAGCAGACAGAGGGAAGUCUGAAGACUCCCCGCAGUACCAGGAGCUGUUGGGCCUCGCCCAGGGCUUGUGGACUGCGUGUGAUCCCGGGCAAGGCACACUGGACUCGUGCCAGGCCCUGCCAACCACCAGGGACCUCACGUCCAUCUCCUCCUCCAACGUGGCCCUCAGCAGCGGCUCUGGGGGCUCGGGGGAUGGCAGUGGGCCCUGUGCCGAGGAUGCCACCCUGGUCCCCGAGCAGAUGGAGUGGCCCCUGCCGGUCUGCUCCCAGAGGUCCAAUUCCAGAAGCUCGAGGCACCCAGAGCACAGGGCAAACACCCAGCAGAGCUGUUCCAUGGCCUUGACAGGGUCCUCUGGGCAGGAGGAAGCCGGGAGCAGCAGCCAGGAGCAGACACUGGGCCAUGGUCUGGAGCGACUAGAGGAUAACCGGAGCCGUUCACUGAAAACUCUACUCGGGGAGAGGGGGCAGGCAGAGGAAACAGCAGAAAGAGAAGGACCCCAGGCUGAAGGUGUCCCAGAGGAGGGGCCAGAAAAGGCCAGAGGCAGCGGGCAGGAGGAAGGCAUGCGGAGGGACACUGCCUCUGCAGCGCUGGGCCUGCCAGGAAGAAGAGAGAGACCGGCGGAGCCUGCUGGUCAUCUCAGCACAGGAGACUUGCAGGCCAUUGAGAGUCACAGCCCCCAGCCAGGGCCUGGUCUGGGGGCACCGCCCAGGGCAGCUGUGCUGGGUCGGGAACAAGCCUGGGCCCAUUCCACCCCAGAAACCGGGGCUCGUGCCACGUCUCUGGACCUGGACCCCCUCUGGGUGUCCAGGCUGCUGAAGAAGACAGAGGAAGCCUUCAUGGCCCACCUGGCAGAUGCCAUGGCUGAGCUCCUAGCCCGCCGGAGACUGCAGGACGACCAUCUGCUGGACCAGAUGGUGGCAGAGCUGCAGCAGGAUGUGGGCCAGCGGCUCCGAGACUGCAACGACAGGGAGCUCCGGAAGAUCCAGAGCCGGGCUGGGAGGAUGGUCCUCCGGGGGCAGGAGUCCCUGCAGACGUAGCAGCACCGGCGCCGCCUCUCAGCCUUCCCGAAGUCCAGGCCCAACCUCAGCGUGGCCCUGGGAACCGGGUUAGGUGGGGGUGCAGAAGGGAGCUGGUUCUGUCCCUGUGAGACCUGUGUGAGGAAGGUGACUCUGAGGUCCCAGAAAGACACUGUAAUGCCUGCCAGUGCGCCCAUCAAAGAAGCCUUUGACCUACAGCAAAUUCUGCAGCAGAAGAGAGGAGAGGCAGCAGGGGGAGCCCCCGAGAGAACGCAGCCUCAGGAGGACCCCACUCCUCAGAGAGCCGACGGUGGGCAGGAGCUAGGCUUGGGCCUGGGCCAGGGGAGCCAGAGGCAAAGCAGUGACCCCGAAGUCAGGGAGGCAGAGGGAGCAGGUGACCUGGAGAGGAAGGAAGAAGCCAUGGUGUGGGAGAGAGGAGGGAGAGCCCAUGCCAGCAUCCACCACACCUGGGAGGAGGCCCAGUGCCCAGAGAAAGGUGAAGCUGAGCAGGAAGGAGCCACUGUGAUGGCUCCAGGGAUGGGGACACUCCAGAGGCCACAGGAUGACUGGGUGAUGGCGCUGAAGUCACAGGACAGCCACAGUCUGAAGGAGGACAUAACGGUGAGAAAGAAGGAGGCGCUGGAGCUAGCGUAGGACAGGGCCGGAGAGGGGAGGCUUCUGGAAACAGCAGCCUAGACCAGGAGGGGAGGCCUAUGACACCCCUGGACCUGGCUGAGGAUACCCCCACCAAAGGCUGGGCCCCAGACG